AUGGACGUGUCACCGCUCCUUGCACUGCUGCUCGUUGCCCUCCUCUCCCUGCUCCUCUUCCUCUCCACCGGGACCGGGAGGAAGACGCUGGGCGGCGAUGGCCGGCGGCGGCUGCCGCCGUCGCCUCGGGGCUUUCCUAUCCUGGGACACCUGCCUCUUCUGGGCCCCCUGCCGCACCGGAAGCUGUGGGCAAUGGCGCAGGCGCACGGCCCGGUGAUGCUCCUCCGCUUCGGCCGCGUGCCCACGGUGGUGGCCUCGUCGGCGGCCGCGGCGCAGGAGGUGAUGAAGACCCACGACCUGGCGUUCGCGAGCCGCCCCAGGUUGCGCAUGGCCGAGCGCCUCGUCUACGGCCGCGACGUGGCCUUCGUCCCCUACGGCGAGCACUGGCGCCAGGGCCGCCGCGUCUGCGUGCUCCACCUCCUCAGCCAGCGCCGCGUCACCUCCUUCCGCCACGCCCGGGAGCAGGAGGUCGCCGCGAUGCUCGCCCGCGUCCGCCGCGACGGCGGCGGCGCCGUGAACCUCACCGCCCAAAUCAUCUCCUACACCAACGGCAUCAUCUCCCGCGCCGCGUUCGGCGACAAAGGAGGGAGCUACUACGACGGCCCCGACGGCGGCGAGAAGCUCACGAAGCUGUUCGCCGACUUCGAGGGGCUCCUGGGGACCGUCACCAUGGGGGACUUCGUGCCGUGGCUGGCGUGGGUCGACGCGCUCAUGGGGCUGGACGCCAAGGCCACGCGCACGUCCGCGGAGAUGGACGCCUUCCUCGAGCGGGUCAUCUCGGACCACCGACAGAGGCGCCGUGGCGGCCACCGUGACGAAGACGAUCACCGGGACUUCGUCGACGUGCUGUUGGACGUGAACGACGACGAGGCGGACGCCAGUGGAGCCAAAUUUGACGACGUGGCCAUCAAGGCCAUUAUCCUGGACAUGUUUGCCGCCGCCACGGACACGACCUACACGACGCUGGUAUGGGCCAUGGCCGAGCUCAUCAACCACCCACACGAGAUGCGCAAGGUCCAGGACGAGAUCCGCGCGGCCGUCGCCGUCGCCGGCGGCGACCGCGUCACCGAGGACCACCUCGAGAAGCUGCGCUACCUCAGGUGCGUCAUCAAGGAGACGCUCCGGCUGCGGACGCCGCUGCCGCUCCUGCUGCCCCAUGAGACGACCGUGGACACGGAGCUGCUCGGCUACCACGUCCCAGCGCGCACCCGCGUCAUCGUCAACGCCUGGGCCAUCGCGCGGGACCCCGCGACUUGGGAGCGUGCGGACGAGUUCGUGCCGGAGCGGUUCGCCGGCGACGACCUCACGACGGACUACUUGCUCGGGCAGGACUUCAGGUUCGUGCCGUUCGGCGCUGGAAGAAGAGGGUGUCCUGGGGUGGGGUUCUCUGUGCCGGUCAUGGAGCUGGCGCUGUCGAGCUUGCUGUAUCACUUUGACUGGGAGCUGCCGGCUGGAGGACCGUCGAAGCUGGAGAUGGACGAGCUGAACGGGCUGUCCGUGCGGCUCAAGGCGAACCUGUGUUUGGUUGCUAAGCCGUGGUGUCGUCAGUAA